AUGUCCCUUCCUCGCCCCAUAUAUAAAAUCGCGCAAGUGCAGGACAAGCGCAGCUCGAGCUCUGGUGGCAGUAAGACGGUACGCACGCCCCUCACGUACCCAUCUCGAAACGAGCAGCACCGUAUUCACGUCUUGCUCCGUCCAGGCACCAUGACCUCAUAUCCGUGGGUCCAAGGUAUCACCGGGACGACAAGCCUCCUCGUGAGGGGCCCCACAUGCCACAACGUCCACGUCUACUACGUCGGCCGAGAGAGCCAGAUCGUAGAGCUCGAAUACAACUGUGCGCAAGACCCCGCGGCCACGCAGCUCUCCCCGCAAUCUUCGACCAUCACCGGCACCUACAGGGCGCAGCAGAGCUCCGCCCUCGCGGCGGUCGCCUUCGACAACCAGAUCCGGGUGUACUACAUGAACACCCAGAACAUCGUGAGCGAGCUCAUCUACGACGGCGCGAAGUGGUCCGACACGGACUCGACGCUGAGCGCGAAGGGGUUCAUGGUCUACACGCUCAGCAUCCUCUACGCGACGGCCACCCGGAACGACGGGGGGGCGUGCGAGAUCCACGUGGGCUUCCAGCCGGUGCGCAGCCCGGGGUGUAUACAGGAAGCGCACUACGUUGAUGGGGAGUGGCAUCUGCUGGAGCUGGUGUAG